UGUUAUUAGCGAGUGAGAUGCCUGAGCCGGCGAAAUCUGCUCCCGCGCCCAAGAAGGGCUCCAAGAAAGCGGUGACCAAGACCCAGAAGAAGGGGGAUAAGAAGCGCCGCAAGACCCGCAAGGAGAGUUACUCCAUUUAUGUCUACAAGGUGCUGAAGCAGGUUCACCCCGACACCGGCAUCUCUUCCAAGGCCAUGGGCAUCAUGAACUCCUUCGUCAAUGACAUCUUCGAGCGCAUCGCUGGGGAGGCGUCUCGCCUGGCGCAUUACAACAAGCGCUCCACCAUCACCUCCCGGGAGAUCCAGACCGCCGUGCGCCUGCUGCUGCCCGGGGAGCUGGCCAAACACGCCGUGUCCGAGGGCACCAAGGCCGUGACCAAGUACACCAGCUCUAAGUAA